UAUAAGAACACAACCUGUUUCUCAAAGAUUCUUGCUCUGUUGUUUCUUCUCUGAAAUAAUGGAUUCGUCAAACUCCAACGAAAUUGUUCAUGACUUCCCCCCCUUCUUUCGCAUUUACAAAAAUGGCAAGGUGGAGAGGAUCACAGCUGACACAGAAACUGUACCACCAUCCAUUGACCCUCUAACAGGAGUCCAAACCAAAGACACCGUAGUCUCACAAGAAAACAGCUUGUCUGUCCGUCUUUUUAUCCCCAAAAUCACAGAUCCAACCCAGAAGCUUCCUCUCCUGAUAUACAUCCAUGGCGGUGCAUUUUGCAUUGAGUCUCCUUUCUCUUCUCUAUACCAUAACUACCUCGCCGAUUUAGUCCACAACGCUAAUGUUAUAGCCGUGUCCGUCCAAUAUAGAAGAGCCCCAGAGCACCCUCUCCCUGCAGCAUAUGAUGAUUCAUGGGCUGCAAUCCAAUGGGUUGCUUCACAUGUAAAUGGUGAAGGGUCUGAGUCCUGGCUUAAUGGGCACGCAGAUUUUGAUAGAACGUUUUUGGCUGGUGAUAGUGCUGGUGCUAAUAUUGCACAUAACAUGGUUGUGAGAGCUGGAACUACGAACGGCCUAAAUGGGGUUAAAAUUGUUGGUGUGGUUUUGGUGCACCCAUUUUUUUGUAACAAUGAGCCGGAUACUUUUAGUCCGGUGAUAGAGUUUAUCUUUCCUUCUGUUAGAAUCUAUGAUGAUCCCAGGAUUAACCCGGCCGGCGCAGGUGGGGCGGAGCUGGCUAGCUUGGGGUGCGCUAGGGUGCUAAUUUUUGUUGCUGGCAAGGAUAGGCUAAGAGACAGGGGAGUCCGUUACUACGAGGCACUGAAGAGGAGUGGGUGGGGUGGUCUGGUGGAAAUUGUGGAGACUGAAGGAGAAGAUCAUGUUUUCCAUCUGCUGAACCCUAAUUGUGCCAAGGCUAGGGUCAUGAUGGAGAAGGUUGUUUCCUUCAUUAAUCACGGUCGUUAGGCCCUUUCCUUUUCCUUCAUGCUUUCCGUGCAGUAACUUUGAAUUUUCUUCAGUAAUUUGUAUUUCAUGUUAGAGUGCUUUUGUUCCAGAGAUGUAUUUGUGUCUAGAUGAUUAAUCUACUGUACUAAGUCACCAAUCAACCUUUUUUUCUUCUUUUUUAAUGAAGCGUUAAUUAAUAUUGA